AUGGUGUUCCAGAAGUCACCAGACGGUGGAUGGGGCUGGGUUAUAGUAGUCGUCUCCUUCUUCACCCAGUUCUUGUGCUAUGGAUCUCCGUUAGCCGUUGGAGUUCUGUAUUUAGAAUGGCUGGACAUUUUUGGAGAAGGGAAAGGAACGACUGCGUGGGUUGGAUCCCUUGCAAGUGGUGUCGGUUUACUUGCAAGUCCUGUUUGCAGUGCAUGCGUCUCUGCGUUUGGAGCAAGACCUGUAACCAUCUUCAGUGGCUUCAUGGUGGCCGGGGGACUGAUGAUGAGCAGCUUUGCACCUAACAUCUACUUCCUGUUGUUUUCCUAUGGAAUUCUUGUUGGACUUGGGUGUGGCUUGUUGUACACAGCGACAGUGACUAUUACGUGCCAGUAUUUUGAGAAACGCAGAGGCCUCGCCCUUGGCCUCAUUUCGACAGGAUCAAGUGUCGGACUUUUUAUAUAUGCAGCACUGCAAAGAAAACUAAUUGAACUUUAUGGGUUAGAAGGCUGCCUGCUAAUUGUUGGCGCACUGUCUCUAAAUAUACUAGCCUGUGGGAGUCUAAUGAGACCUUUGCGCUUGUGUGGUUCUUCCUUACCGGAGAAAUCAUGCCUCGAGAAGAUUCCAGACCAGUACUCCAUUUAUAACGAAAGAGAAAAGCAUCUUUAUGAAGAAAAUGUCAAUAUACUAGAAAAGGCCAGUACCGAAGAGAAAAGCGUGAAUAAACCACCCAGCAGCGAUUGUAAGCUGGACUCUCUUAUGAACAAGAACAGACUAUCGUCAGUAGCUUCGAAAGAGACGGACACUUACAGAAUGAAAGUUGCGGAACAGACAUAUUUCUGUAAACAGCUCGCCAAAAAGAAAUGGCACCUGUAUUUAGACUACUGGGCAGAAACACUUGGUCUUUUUAAAAACAAAGUGUUCUCAUCACUUUUUAUUGCUAUCCUCUUCUUUGACAUUGGUGUGUUUCCUCCUUCAUUACUCAUGGAAGACAUUGCCAGAAGUUCAAAUAUUAGUGAAGAAAACUGCAUAAUUCCACUCAUUUCAAUCAUAGGCAUUAUGACUGCAAUUGGUAAACUUGCUUUAGGGAUAUUAGCAGAUUUUAAAUGGAUUAAUACUUUAUAUCUAUACGUCCUGACAUUAAUAAUGACUUCGGUGGCACUGCUUUUGAUUCCAUUUGCCCAAAGUUACAUUAUGCUGGCAAUACUUUCAGGGGUCUUAGGUUUUCUGACGGGCAAUUGGUCCAUUUUUCCAUAUGUCACGACAAAGACUGUAGGAAUAGAGAAAUUAGCACAUGCAUAUGGUAUACUGAUGUUUUUUGCUGGACUUGGAAAUAGUCUGGGACCACCAAUUGUAGGUUGGAUUUAUGACUGGACCAAGUCCUACGACACAGCAUUUUAUUUUAGCGGACUUUGUGUCUUGUUUGGAGGGCUGCUUUUGUUGGUCGCUGCGCUGCCAUGUUGGAGUAGCAGGAAUCAGCCUGAGAAGCCACUUCCAAAUAUUUACUCCUACAAAGUUUCAGCCACUGCCUAGGUGCCAGCCAAGAGCCAUUGAUUGCCUUUUAUGCCGCACAGCAAGACGUUUUAGCAGAUCUCCCCCCACUUUUGUUUAUGAAGCAAGAAACCUCUUCUUCUGUUUUUAUUAAUUUGCUUUCAGGACGGAUCCAGAGCCUCUGGCAUGCGUGGGAGACUCAGUGCUAGCAACGACCAGCAAAGCUCCAAGUUCUGUACAGAGAUCAUUUCAGAGGGUAGUUGUGUUCAGGGCUCUUUUUGUAGAAAAAGCCCAGCAGGA